GAGGUUUAGAGUAAGAUAUAGUUAAAUAAUUAUGAGGUAAGUAACAUCUUAUUUCACUAUUGCUUUUCAGACAUCACCAUCAUCACAAAAGAAAGCAUGCCCAUCAUUAUUUCACUUAAAUCAGCCAAAAGCACUUACUAAUAAAUUAAUUCUAAUUAUUUAUUUAUUUAAAUCUAGUUGAUAAAUUGUAAUUUUAAAUAAUAAAUUAUUAAUUCAAUUUUAAAGAGUUUUCUUUCAAAGAACACUUGAUCCCAGUUGCUCCAGAUGAUUGACUCCCAUUCUAUCUUUUGCCCUAACAGAAAACGCCACAAAUCAUAUUCCCAACAACGCCUUAAUGCUUUCUCAACUGAGCACCUUACAAAGUUCAGCGGCCUCUUUCCUUCCGGCGGCAACCAGUGCCAGGAGAUUAACCAGUCGUAUAGCGAGCCCGACUCCUACAUCGACCUCAACCACAGCACUUUGAAGGCCACCUGCCCGCACGGCAUCGCGGCCGAGGAGUUCGGCAAGGCGCACCAGAAGUGCGUCAAAAACCAAUUCGGUGAAAACUCCGACUUGUUCGGUCACAAGCACGAGAGAAUGUGCAUUAAGUACAACCAGCGACCUUUGCAGAAGAGGAAGGGGCAGGACACUUCGAUAACGUCAGUGAAUUCCAGCGGACAGGACUCGGGCAUAGCGGAGGCCGGCCGCUGCGCCUGCGGACACUCCCCCACACACACGUCGGAGGAAAGCAGCGGUUGCAGUUACGAGGAUUCCUUGAAAUCGAACCACAAUCUGGAGCCGCAUCCGAAAUUGUAUCGAACUGAACCUGAAACUCGUUUUCUUAGACGAGCUUCUUUCGGUCACCAACCACUGGACGUGCGGAGAUUUAACACUCGAAGACAAUCAUUCUCUGAAAAUAUUCAAAGGCAUUUCCCGCCAUUCGAAAAGCUGGGAACCGGGGGCAGAUUGACACGACAAAUAUCCACGCCAAAUGUCAAUGUAUCGCAAUCAUAUUUUAUGGGAGGUAAAAAGAAUUUGCGAAGAAUAGAGGCAGUCAAAGAGCCAGUUGUUGAUUACGAUCAGAGUGAAGCGGAAGAUCUUUUCGAUACAAGACUGGGUAGAAGGUUAAGUGGUCAGAAUCGUAAAAGGGCAAGUUUUAUGGAGUUGAAUGGUGAAACUGCGGUGUUUGUGGCGAGCCCCGCCGCCGCCGAGAUCAUGCGGCGGCAGGCCAGUGAACGACUCGUGUUCGCGAGACCUUUAUAACAGAAAGGAAUUGUACAGAUUAUGCUUUAAUUUAUCUUGAUAGAUUCUGAAUGUGUUGAAGAGAGAAUGAUGGUUAUAAAAGUUUUAAUAGGGCAUUUAAAGUCGAAAGAUUUCAAUUAAUUAUUGCUAUACGAAUUCAAACAGACUCAGUCUAAUUAUGAGGAACUGUACGUCAUGAGUAAAUAGAAGUCAUUUAAUGGACCUCAGCUCCAAUGGUUUUUAAGUUGUUUUGAGCUUUUGUUUAAAUUAAUUCUUUUUGUAAUUAAUUAUUUAAAUUUUAAAAUUAAUUUCGAAAUGUUACCACAAUGUGUAUGUUAAGUUAUAAGUUAAGACUAAUAU